UCCGACUCGCUUUUUUUUUCCCCGCUCCCAUCCGCUGCGCGGCUGCAGCGAGAAGUCGAGGCAGGCGCGCGCCCGCCGCUGGCCACUCGGCCUUCUGGGUGGGAGGGGGAGAGGCCGAGUCGCCCCAUCUACGGCGGCCGCGGAAGGGCGGGACGGCGGCCGCCUCUCUCGCUGUCCUCUUAACCCGCUGCCCUCGCCGGGUACCGUCACCUUCCCUCUUCCCCAUCUCUGGCCAGCAAUUCCAGUAAAAAGCUCCAGACUGCCAUUGUUCUCUGAUGCCAUGCCAGCACCAGCUCAACUACUACUCCCAUUAAUUCGCAACUGUGAGAUUGGCAGGAUAUAUAGUACUGCAUGUUACUGUCACCACAAACAUGUAUGUUGCUUGUCCCCUCCCGUAACUCACAAGCACUUGCGGUAUGUUCCUCAGAAGAAGCUUGCAACGCUUUGCAGACCAAAGGAAAACUUCAGUCAGUUUAUUCAUGCAAGAAACUAUGUCUCCACACCACAGCGAUUUUACCUCACGCCUCCACAAGUCAACAGCAUCCUUAAGGCAAAUGAAUAUAGUUUCAAAGUGCCAGAGUUCGAUGGCAAAAAUGUAAGUUCUGUUCUUGGCUUUGACAGCAACCAGCUGCCAGCCAAUGCUCCCAUAGAGGAUCGAAGAAGUGCAGCGACUUGUUUACAGACAAGAGGCAUGCUUCUGGGUGUAUUUGAUGGCCACGCAGGAUGUGCAUGUGCCCAGGCUGUCAGUGAGCGAUUGUUUUAUUAUAUAGCUGUUUCUUUGUUGCCCCACGAAACUUUACUUGAAAUAGAAAAUGCUGUUGAAAGUGGUAGGGCCCUGUUGCCCAUCUUACAGUGGCAUAAGCACCCUAAUGACUAUUUCAGUAAAGAAGCCUCCAAAUUAUACUUCAACAGCUUGCGAACUUACUGGCAAGAACUCAUAGAUCUUAACACUGGAGAAACAACAGAUGUCAAAGAAGCUUUAAUUAAUGCAUUUAAGAGGCUUGACAAUGACAUUUCUUUGGAAGCACAAGUUGGAGAUCCAAAUUCUUUUCUUAACUAUUUAGUAUUGCGUGUAGCUUUUUCUGGUGCAACUGCUUGUGUGGCUCAUGUAGAUGGGGUUGAUUUGCACGUUGCCAAUACUGGUGAUAGUAGAGCCAUGCUUGGUGUCCAAGAAGAGGAUGGCUCUUGGACUGCUGUUGCUUUGUCUCAUGAUCAUAAUUCAUACAAUGAAAGUGAAAUUGAACGACUUAAGAUGGAACAUCCAAAGUCUGAAGAAAAGAGUGUCGUCAAACAAGAUCGGCUAUUGGGUUUACUUAUGCCUUUCCGAGCUUUUGGUGAUGUCAAAUUUAAGUGGAGCAUUGACCUUCAGAAGAGAGUAGUAGAAUCUGGUCCCGAUCAACUCAAUGAUAAUGAAUAUACAAAGUUUAUUCCACCAAACUAUCAUACUCCGCCAUAUCUCACAGCUGAGCCUGAAGUGAUACACCACAAAUUGAGACCUCAGGACAAAUUCCUGAUACUAGCAACAGAUGGUUUGUGGGAAACAAUGCACAGGCAGGAUGUAGUUAGAAUUGUAGGUGAGUAUCUUACAGGUGUUCAUCAUCAGGAGCCAAUAGCUGUUGGUGGUUACAAGGUAACAUUGGGACAAAUGCAUGGACUUCUUACUGAAAGGAGAGCUCGUGUCUCUUCAGCCUUUGAAGAUCAGAAUGCUGCAACUCACUUGAUACGCCAUGCUGUAGGAAAUAAUGAAUUUGGCACUGUGGAUCAUGAACGGCUCUCUAAGAUGCUCAGUCUUCCGGAAGAGUUGGCUCGGAUGUACAGGGAUGAUAUCACAAUUAUAGUAGUACAAUUCAAUUCCCAUGUUAUUGGUGCAUGUCAAAAUGAAGAAUUCUGAAUUGAUGUGACAAACUAAACUUCACAGAACAAAAUGAAACAAUGACCAGUAUUGAGUGCUAUAAAUCACAGUAAAACACUUUAUUAUCAUCAGGUCAUUAGAAUUAUAACUGGAGCAAAUAUAAUUUGCAAAAAACCUUGGACAAUGGUCAAAAUGUUACUUAUCUGAUUUAAACUACCAGGAGAACAAAACCAACUUUGCACUAAGUAGUCUGUUUGAUUGAACAAUGGCUUGUAAUUUGGGAUUAUUUGGUGGUAGUAAAUCUUCAUAUGCAUCAGAGCAAUGUCCUUCAGGGCAAAAAUAAUUGUAUUUAUCACAUGUAAAUUCCAAUGUAGGUAGGUAUCUAAGUUGCUUUAGAAAACUUUGGAUGAUAAUUUGGUUAUAAAACUGAACUUGAAUAGGGCUGUUGACUUUUAUACCUACGAAGCAGCUGUUGUGUCUUUCCUUCAGGAAAGGAAGGGAAUGUAUUUUUUAACAGUCAGUACAUGUCUUGAAAUCAUAUCUAACUAUCUUAUCUUGGGUAGUGAUAUAUCUGUUGAAACACAUGCCUGUAAUAUUGAUGUUAAAAGUCCAAGUUUAAGCCAUAAAUAUCCUAAGCCUAUCCAGCAGUAUUAGAAAUUGAAGACCGUUUUGCAUCAAAAGCUAAUAGAUUUUGCACAGUUCAAAGGGCAAUAAAUUAUUAGAAGGUUAGAUAACUAAAUGGAAAAGUGCAAAAAAAAAAACCAUCCCUCUUUGGCUUAUGUUAUAAAUCUGAAAUUUACUUUUGUGAAUCUUGACUUUCAAUCAGACUCAUCAAAUCUAUUUCUGCUCAUCUUGGGUUUAGUGUUGUAUUUAAAUAAACGGUAGUGACUUAGUAAAUUUGUGUAGUCACAUGUUUAUAGUCUGAAUUAAAGUUUGGUCUUCUGGGUGUGUUAAGUAUUACAAAGCAAAAAAAAAUGUACCUGUUUGUUUGGUUGCCACAGUGACUUGAAAACCAUGUAAUAAAAAUUGUAAAUAGAAAGUGGCAGAGAAAAGUCUGCAUGCUAUAUACGUAAUACCACUAGCAGUGCAACAUCAACUCCUUUCAAAUUUAUUACUGGUGUGUAAACUUGCUUACAUCCCAGAUCUCUUCCUAAUGUUGCAUGACUGAUCUCUGAACUAUAUGCCAUAUAAUGGUAUAUUUGGAAAUGCAGGUAAAUUUUUAAAAAAUUCUUAGCAAUUACAAUUUGAAUGUUUUUGAUUUAAUGCCAGACUCAAGGCUUCACAAAUGUCACCUGCCUUAUAAUAUUGAACUAGUUUUUAUCACUUCAUAAAAAGACAGUAUAACUAUAUGAAUCAUUGCUUAAUAUUUUCCUCAAGUUCAUAUCUACAUUUGAGGCAUUAGCAAAUGAACAUUAAUAUCUGUGCUUCUCUGUUUAAAUAUCUUGUACGUAUUCCACUUGAACUGCAUUUGACUUUCUAUCACACAUGUGAUUGUUUAAGCUGACACAUUUUAGAAUAUGUCAGUGUUCUUCACAGCUAAAUAUAUAAAAAGAAAAAAGAACAAUGGGCUAACUCUGUCCUUAGUAAACCCAAGCACUAUGUGUAUGAAUGUUUCCAGCACUUAGGUUUUGUAGCACUAAAGUCCUCUUGGUUCCUUAGCAUACAUUAAGAGACAUAUAUGUCUAUAAGAUUGCAAGUAUUGAAAUGCAAAGACAUACAAUAUGUAAUUGCAUCACUUUCCUAAAUGGAUAUUCUUUAUAAAUGUAACUUGAUGGAAAAUUCCUAUCUGCAGCCUUAAAAAGAAGAUAGUCUUCUCUUUCUGUGUCCAAAGAAGUAAUAGCUUUCAUUUAAUUAUAGCUUUCAUUCAUAUUUCUCAGCUAAUUUUAUUUAUUGUAUUAAUGACAAAGCAGUUUAAGUUGUCACCUUUAUAAAUGGAGUAGAAUUGUUAAAACCAUAUGUUACAUUAUUCAUUUUCUUAGAUAUUUGUGACAUCUGUAAUACAUGUAAAUGUAUCUUUGUGGCUUGGUUCUAUUAUAAUGAAUGGUAUUAAGUCCUGGCCCUAUAUAUUCAGCAUUUUGGGGAGAGUUGGUGGUCUUGUACAUACAGAUAUGAACAUAAGAAUUAACUUUAAUUUCUCAGAAUAUGUUUGCAUUGAAAGGGGAGGGGAAAUGGCUUUUUCAACACCACACAAUAUAGUCCAAGAACAAAUAACUUUUUAGUAAAUUUCAAUAAAAACAAUUAUUGGAAACAUG